AAAAUUCAAACAAUAACCUCUAACCCUGGUUCUAUCUUUGGAAUUGUUACAAUGACUGUUCUUGUUACCUUGUCUCUUGUUUCUAGCUUGGCCCUGAUGUUUCUCCGUGUUCAAGGAUUUAUUGAGGUGGGUGUGUAUAGUAGGCUCGAAACGACACAGUCUUUUAACCACUCAACAGAAAUAUCAGGCUGGAAGGACACAGGGAGUAAAGGACUAGGCUCUCAUAACGCUGUAAACAAAGGAGCUACUUUUGAUAGCAAUUUUACGGCGCCUUUGCGAGGAAUCUACUAUGUAUCUACCAUACUUUUGAUCGAACGACGUGAAAACACACCAUUCAAAAUAACGUUAGUUGUUAACCAUAAUCUUAAGUACAAAACAGGUUUAACCGGUUUUCAGUCUCACAAUAAGAGUGUAACAGUCUCGGGUCUUGUGCAACUUUUUAUUGGCGAUACAGUGUCGGUGUAUGUCGAGUGUGAGAAUGGAUCUCACUGGACGGUGUUAUCUAGAAGUACCUUUUUUGUUCAACUGGUUCGCUCAAUGACAAAUCACCCAGCUUUUCAAGCUAGUUUGUCACGUGAUAUUACCAUUUCGACCUCAACCUGGCGUCGUCUUGACAAUUGGAAUGCUCUGUCAUCAAGUAACUUCCAGUUUCUUUUGGGAUUUUCUCAGGCGUUAGGGACUUACUGCACGAGUUUUGACGGCAUCUAUCAAGUACAUGGGAACAUUUUACUUGAUCUUGUACAGCCAAUAAACGGUUCUGUGGCACUGUUCUUGAACGACCAAAACCUACUGACUCAAAACUAUUUGUUUGAUGAGAAAUACGCGACGGCAAGUCCGGGCGGCAUUUUUAAACUGAAGAAAGGAGAYUGCCUUGCCCUUAAAGCUCGCUCUCUACAAGGGACGUACAAAAUACAAGAACGCAGUGGCUUCUCGGCUUUGUUCCUUGCUACUGACGCAUGCGCAAAGCUCUUACACGCUGCAUCUUAUAAGCUCAGUGCGCCUGUCCCAGUAAUGACCUCCGCUGGUCUAUAUACUAUAGGCCCAUGGUCUGCGAACCCUAGUCCUUUCUUUGAAUCAACUUCAGUAGUACUCGUAAAUGGUACGACGUACCAAGUACAGAUCGAAGGACAGUAUUUAAUAAACGCCCAAGUCAACACAAGGGCCUCGUCAUGGAGUCGAGCAGAAAAUCUUCAACUGUUGGUUAUUGUGAAUUAUAAGUCGUCUUCCGUGCAGUCAGCGGCAUCUAUCGUUACUAAGGAAACCAUAUCUUCUGUUAACUCGUUAGCCUUAACUGGAAUUCUUUAUCUAAAGAAAGGACAAACGAUAACACUCUGCGUCUACAAGGAUGGUGAUAGCUCAGUAUCCUUAACGACGAAUACCCUUUUCUCGGUUACUAUGGUUCCCAAAGACUGGCCAGGUGUAUCAGCUACCUUAAAAAAUAAUCAAAUCAUCACGAACGCGGGUUGGAAUAAAAUCGAAAAUUGGAAGAUCGGUGACUUAACGGAGGGAYCUUUUUCUUUUGACUGUGCCUUUGAUACUACAACUGGACGAUACAUGACUCCAAUAGAAGGGACUUACAUUGUAUCCAGUACUGUUAUACUGUACGGUACUGCUAGGUCUCCGCUGGAAAUGAUGAUUGCAGUGGACGGAAAGGUUGACACAACAACUGGACUGUACGCAUAUCAAAAGCCCUUCAAAGAUUAUAUCACGCUCAGCACUUCGGGGUUAAUACGGCUGUCACCAGGGCAACACCUUUCUGUGUUUAUCAGUAUUGACUCUGGUACCACGUGGACAGUAAAUGAAACUAGUUUUUUUUCUGUUGCUUUGAAUGGGGCGGGAAAACCAGAUGAACAUGGAUUUAUUGGAGUUAAACCCCAGAAGGCAGACUACACGACAGUCGAUACAUGGGAAGAAAUAAUGGGUUGGGAAUCACGUGACAUCACCCAUCAAUCACAGGACAGAUGGGACGCAGUAAAGAGUAGAUACACUCCCGUUGAAGAAGGUCUCUACUACAUUUCAGUCAACCUCAUCAUCUCUUACUCCAUCGUAAGCAGCUUCCAUGUCAUGGUAGCAGGAGAUGGUAAAAACGACCAGUUUUCUAGCUGCCAAAACUACUACAGUGCUUCGAGUACUAAUUUUAAGUUCAGCUUCACCGCCUCCUGCUCGGUCAAGCUUUCGCCUUUGCAUUAUGUAUCGGUGUUUGUGAAGUCCACAAGGGGUGGUUCUUGGAGUGUGUUGGGCAACAGCAGUAUUUCUAUUGGACUAAUUUCUCCAAUAUCCAACCCUCAUCGCGCUGGAUACAAUUCUGUUAUCAAAAUUGAUGACAGGAACGUAAAAACGUUCAGGUCCUUGACAUAUCCAUACGAUACCUAUGACUACGGCAGCCGAUAUAACGAAAAAAUAAAUCUUAUCGAUCUGUCAGCSACAGGUUCAUACUCUGUAAUAUACAUUACUGUUCUUGACUCAGGUUUGUACUAUGUUGGUUUGGCAGUGACGUUUGAACUGCAUGAUCUCGCUUCUGGUGACCCCGAGUAUAGAAUCGCUCUGUGCUAUUUAGUUGGCGAUAAUACCAUGGUACCRUUCACUAUGUUAGCUACCAAGAGUAACGAAGGGCCGACAGAACGUAGCAAGUUUGGUUUUACUGCCUUUGCCGUGGUUUAUUUGACGAAAGGUAGGAAUAUCUAUGUGUGUCAUCAGGGAGACCUAUUAUACAAAAUGAAAAAAUUUCAUUCUGGAUUCUCAAUUGUUAAGAUUGUACCACGUGACAUGAACCCUGGUUUACACCAGACUGGCGUAGCAUCUGUAGCAGACGUAUCAUCAAGUGGCUGGACUGUCGUCUCUGAUUGGAAGACAAGGGCUGAAAGUUCGUUGUACAGAUCAAAUAUAGUAAACCCGUAUGCGCAAGAAARCGUGAUUGCUUCACAGGGAACCUAUUUGUUCACUUCGUCCUUGUCAAUAACUGACAUUCCUUCUGCUCCAGUAUCUAUGUGUAUUGGAGAACAACUAUGCAGUCAAUGCUAUCUGGAGUCAUCUAUACAUCAAGGAGGGCUGUCCUUGUCUGGUGCUGUUAGAUUAACGUCACAACAAAGUAUCUACACCUGCGUCAGACACAAAUCUCUAGCGGUCACCCGGUCUGCACAGCUUCUCCCUCAAGCCACCGCAAACACCUCGCUAUUUUUCAGACAUUCUUCGGUUGAGUUCACUUCGAGUGGGUUAAAAACGUUAAGCAGUUGGUUAUCAGACACUGGUCUUAGUGUUAAGAACUUAGACGUCGCACAAGGGCUGUACAUAAUUGCAAUCAAUAUCGUGCUUCGUUCUAAUACGGAUGCUGUUCUUAAGGUUUCUGUUAACUUAGAUGCGGAAGGGGUAUCUAAAGUCGUACAAGGUCUCCAUGGAGUAUCGUGGGCUCAAGCUAAUCAGCCAAUAUCAUUUGGAUUGACGAGUCUUAUUCGUUUAUCAGCCAAGAACUCAUUAGAUAUUACGGUGCAUUCAGAUUCCAGUUCAUCUUGGAAGACUGAAGGCAAUGCAACCCUUUCGUUAGCUUUACUAACAUUAAACGCAACUCAUCCAGGAUUCGCUGUCAAGAGACCUUUUGGUAGCUUCUUGUCGUUGAAUCCAACCUGGUGGCACAUGGGAGAUUGGAUUGAACAGGACAUAAGAUUGGAUUCGCCUUUGUCCUUGACACGUUCAGGUCGAUACAUUGUUGAUGAAAAUGGGAUUUACGUUGUACUGGUUACGUUGUCUGUUGCAGUUAAGGUCCCAGCAGGAAAAAAAUGUACCAUAGAGAUGGUAAUCUCCAUUGGAGGCCUGGUCAACGGCAGCAGCCUUAAAACAUUACAAGUCAUUCAAGGCCAAGAUGAAAGACGUACCGUUACUCUUAGCAUAGCAUCUUCGGUCCGUCUGUACAAGUGGCAAGCGGUCUUCCCUAUGAUACGUACUGGUGUGCCUGUUGACAAUGUGAAUAUUCUACCUGAUAGCAUCUUCUACGUGGCACUUAUUGAUAAGGAGCGCUACUACCCCCAGCUCAAUGAUAGCCUAGCACCUUACAUCACUGUUCAUCCAGUAUCUUAUGUUCGAGUCGCCGCCGAUGCUUGUCAGUCUAUCACCUUGUUGUGUGAGGCUCAAUCUGAUUUACCCAUUCAAUAUGAGUGGCUCAAAAAUGGUCAGUUUUACGAGGCAGUCCAAAAUGUUAUUAUCUCCAACGCGCGUCUGUCCGAUGCUGGUCGUUAUGUGUGUGUGGCCAAGUCGAGUUACAUCAGCUUAACCUCAUCAUACUCCACUGUAGAGGUGUUUGCGUCAAGUCCCGUCUUCUCACAGAGUCAUUUUAAUGUGUCAGUCAACGAAACCMUUAUUUCGAAUCAGAGACUUCUUGAUUUACACGCCACUGCUAUGACCACUAACAAUGAUCGAGCUAACGUAUCAUUCACGAUCAUCGCAGGAAACGUCAAUAAUACCUUCAAGAUCAGUCCUUCUGUCUCCACUAACGUCACAACUCUCUUCUUCACCUCCCCCUUGGACUAUGAGCUAAGACAUACCUACGUGCUAAGCUUAAUGGCUACGAAUACUAACACUCGCCAGUUUAGUGUUGUUCUUGUAACUGUUCGUAUUCUCGAUCUCAAUGACAAUUAUCCAGUCUUUACUUCCCAAAACUACUCGACUAGCGUUCCUGAGGGGGCCUGGAUUGGAGCAGCAGUAGUAUAUGUGACUGCAAGCGACAAGGACAGCGGUAGCAAUGGAAACAUUCAGUACGCCAUAGAGAGUGGUAAUAAUGGAGGUGAAUUUGCCAUAAAUUCACAAGGUUUAAUAAUUGUAAACAAGUCUCUAGAUUAUGAACACCGCAAGCGCUACGAUCUAACCAUAUCGGCACGUGAUAUGGGAAAUCCAUCUUUAAAUACUUCAACCUACGUCACCAUUAUUGUCGCGGAUACUAACGAUAUAGACCCAGUAUUUUCGCGCUCCACCUACUCCUUCGCGAUUGCUGAAAAUUCACCGGUCAAUACCUCAGUGGGUCGGGUAAACGCCAGUGAUAGCGAAGAAGGUAACAAUGGAAGAAUCAUCUAUUCCAUUCAAGACGUCCAAAUGCGACAGAUCUUUUCAGUCGACAAGACCACCGGUGAAAUCAUUCUUCUCCAAAGUCCUGACUACGAAGUCAAUAAGACUUUCAGUUUCGUUGUCCUAGCAACAGACCAAGGAUCACCGCCUCGUUUUGGUGCUGCUUUAGUAUUGGUAUCGAUACUGGAUGGCAAUGACAAUCCUCCAGUAUUUAUUUCUAAAAGUUACAGCGUUGAUAUCACCGAGUCAACUCUAGUGGGAACUGACAUUCUGUUUGUCCGUACUGAGGAUAAAGACUCAGAAGUCCACAGCAAUGUAGUUUAUAAUAUCACUAGUGGUGAUAAAGAAGUGUUCUCUAUUAGUAACGCAGGAAUUAUUAGGUUAGUAAAGCCCUUAGACCGAGAGAAUGUGUCUCAAUAUAACCUAUCAGUCGAGGCAUACGAUAGAGAUUCUCCGUCUCUUAUGCCUCGUGCAGUGUGUUCUGUGGUCAUCAAUGUAGAAGACGACAACGACCACCCCCCACAAUUCAAUAAGACCAGCUACCAAGCCAGUAUUCCAGAGAACACACGAAGCGGUUACAACAUGCUUCAAGUACAUGCCUCUGAUCGAGAUAGCGGAUCCAACGCGCAGAUAACCUACGCACUUGAUUAUACGUGUUCGUCACCUCUAGUUAACCAGACGUUUGACAUCAAUAAGACUAGUGGUGUGGUCACGUUAACCAACCAAAUUGAUCGUGACAUUCUUAGUGAGGAAUCCCUCCGGUUAGUAAUUGUAGCCAAAGACGGUGGGUCCCCUCCUCUCGCGUCUUAUGUCGACGUCGUUGUCAUAGUAACAGAUGUUAAUGACAACCCACCAAUAUUCGAAAAAUCGGAUUAUAAUCCCCCUCCGUUUCCGUCGUCGGUGGACGAGGAUCAGACGUUGGUGACAGUAAUGGCUACAGAUAAAGAUAUCGGAAACAAUUCGCUUUUUGAUUACACUGUAGAGUUGUUGAACAGCACUGAGGGGUGUGAAGGAAUCGCCUUCAGAAUCGAUUCCAAUGGAAGCAUUCACAACAAGCAAGAGCUAAAAAGAGGGUGUAACUACACGAUGGUUGUGACGGCAACGGAUAGAGGUGAACCCCCCCUUAGUGGAACGACUACAGUACGAAUAUCAGUAGAAACCGCAACUAAAACAGACACGCCCGCAAAAGAGAAAUCCAUUUCAAUGCCAGCCGAAGCGAUGUCAGUCAUCAUCAUCAUGGGCAUUGUACUGGUCAUUUUGAUUAUAAUAGUUGUGUUCAUUAUCUACAAACUUCGAAGGUAAUUAAGGGACUUUUACUGCAUUUUACUCCUAUGGUAACGUUAGGGUGCUUUAAAUUUAACAAAUUUUGUAUUGCAUUGCUUUG